AUGAAGGGGGUAGAGGAGGGGAAUGAGGCGACUGAAAAGAAGGCGCUUGAGAAUGGGGCCGAGAAGUUGGGUUUAGAAAUGGGUUGGAAACCAAUGCCACGAAUCAAGGGGGCAACCGAAGCCCGAAUCACGGGAGGACAGAGGACGCGUGUAAAUCUCCGCCCCAAAAUGGAUCUAAGCAGCCCCAUGCCUACGAACUCGAGAAGGUUUGAUCAUGCCCCUCGACUUGUCCUCACCGCCACAAACCAGUGA